AUGAAAGCCGAAGAAAAAUGGUAUCUGUCUAAUGGUAAAUGUAUGGAGGAUGAACUUUUCGUUUUUGGGAUGCAAUGCAAUGAAGAGCACCCUUGUCACUCCUUCAUCGUAGAUCCGACUGAUGCCAACUAUCAGAAAUAUCGAGUGUUCAGUGAUGAUGAAUUGCAGGAAAUCGGGUCGUUUGGAGAGAAGAAGCUGCCAACCAUGCCUACUAAAUUACGUGACUAUUUCAAUAAAUACAAUCUCACUAUCACAACUGCUUUACGUCAGAAAAUUUUUACACCAGAGCAAUUGGAUGAAAAUUAUUCUCAAGACAUGGAUUGGAUUAGAUUUACCGUUUAUUCUUUCGUAAGAGAGUACGAAUCCGAAAGUUUUAAACGACCACAUAGUGAAGAAUGGUAUAAAGCACACGUAUGGCAUUUUCUAGAUACAGUAUUCAACAACGUAAGUGAGAUAGAAAUACUAAGAGGUGAAAAAACAAGUUUUUCCUCUAGUAAGAGAAAGAACAAGGAUAGGUCUAUUGGAGCCAUUGACUCACUUGUAACAAAGAAAAUUGGUUCCAAAUGUGACAUAAUAUUCCGCAAGUUAGUAUGCAACCACGAUAAUGUCCUCGAAUCCGGAGCCACAGAAACUGGCAAAGAUUACGAUGGUGACGAUGCAAUCAAAAAACUCAUUAAAGGAUAUAUCAAGCUGCCAAAAUGUCUAAAAGAUAUGCUGGACAAUCUAGCAAUGAACAUUCAAGCAAUAGCUGACAUUGAAGUUGUUGGUUUUAUACACUCGGGAUUACAAUCUCGCUUUAUCAGAGCUGAUCGUCCUACCCCGUAUGUAAAAAGAAUAACAAGAGUCCGUUCCGUUCAUAUUAGCAGCGACAUAUCCAACUUCGGUCCUACUGUAUUACCAUCCAUGAACUCCGCUUGGCUUGCUAGAGAAAUUGUGAAGAGAGUCUUACUGUUGUUACCUACCUCACCUACUGCUGUCAGCAAUGCUGAUUCAAGUUGGCUAGAAACAUAUUGGACGUCUUCUAAACCAUCUGUUAUGCCUGAGACUAGCACUAGCUCUGUGACUUCAAAUAGGAGCAACAAAAAAAUUAAAAACAUGCGUUAAAUAGUUGUACAUGUAAGCAAAAC